AUGACUAACAUUUCAUUUUUAUUGUCCAUUUCGAGCAGUCAUUGCAUCAUGUAUUUCAUCGCCAUAUUAUUGGCUUUCGCCUUAGCCUACGCCUUCCACACUCUCUCCGGCCGCCGGAAAAACCUCCCGCCGGGACCUACGCCGCUCCCCAUCAUCGGAAACCUCCACCUCCUCGGCGAUCUCCCCCACAGAUCCGCCGCUCAGCUGGCCGCCAUUCACGGCCCAGUCAUAUCCCUCCGCCUCGGCCACGUCACCACGAUGGUCGUCUCCUCCGCCGCCGCCGCCAGAGAAGUCCUGCAAAAACACGACGAGGCAUUAGCCAGCCGAGCUAUCCCCGAUUCCUUCCACGCCCACCGCCACUCCGCCUACUCCGUCGUCGCACUCCCGGCGGCGUCGCCGCGGUGGCGCACCAUCCGGAAAAUCAUCACCGGAAACAUCUUUUCCGGCAGCCGCGUCAGAAGCAGCUAUAACCUCAGAAAAUCCAAGGUCCAGGACCUCAUCGAUUAUUGCCGGAAAAAAUCCCUCGCCGGCGAGGCGAUCGACGUCGGAACCGCCGUUUUCGACACUUCCAUAAAUCAACUCUUCAACCUCAUAUUCUCCAAAAAUUUAACCGACGCCGUUUCGACAUCCGACGGAGAGCUACGACAUCUGGUAAGAAAUAUCAUGGUCGAAGCCGGAGCCCCAAAUUUGGCAGAUUUCUUCCCAGUCCUCAAAAAAAUCGAUCCCCAAGGAAUACGACGUCGUAUGAAGGUUCAUAUGGGGAAAGCGCUGCAAAUUUUCAGAACCCUAAUUGACGAGAGGUUGGAGACGACGAAGUCCCGGAAUCCCGGACCUGCUGAAGAUCUGCUGGAGGUCCUGCUCGAAGAACUUGACGACAGGACUUUAAUCGAACACAUUCUUUUGGAUUUGUUCAUCGGAGCAGGUGAUACGACGUCGAGCACGGUGGAGUGGGCUUUGGCGGAAGUUUUAGGAAAUCCCGAAACCCUAAAAAAGGCGAAAUCGGAGAUGGAGGGAGUGGUCGGAAAGGGGAGAGUAAUCGACGAGUCAGAUUUCCGGCGGCUGCCAUAUCUGCAAUCUCUGGUGAAGGAAACUUUCCGGCUGCACCCGCCGGUGCCGUUUCUGAUUCCGCGCAGGGCGGAGCGCGCCGUCGCCGUCGGCGGCUACGCCGUGCCGGCGGGUACGCACGUGUGGGUGAACGUGUGGGCGAUGGGGCGUGAUCCGCACGUGUGGGAGAGUCCUCUGGAGUUCAGUCCCGAGAGGUUUCUGGACUCGGCGGAGGACGUAUUUGGCGCGGAUUUCGAGCUGAUUCCGUUCGGCGGCGGGCGGCGGAUCUGCCCAGGCGCGGCGGUGGCGGCUCGGAUGGUGCCGCUGGUGGUGGGGUCGCUGCUGAAUUCGUUCGAUUGGAGGUGUGAGGAAGGUCUGGACAUGGCGGAGAGGUUUGGGCUGACGAUGAGCAAGGCCCGGGCCCUGCGGGUUUUCCCGGUCCCGAUCUGAAUGAAUCGUGGCCGUUCGUUUUGUGGGCGGGGCCCACUGGGUUAUCUUGAAUGUUAAACCCCACGAGCUAUGGCAUUUUAAAUGUGGGGUUGUGAUAUAAAAUUAUGUAGGAAUUUCGUUUCGCGCAUGUGUGUUUCUUUUAGUUGAAUUGGAAAGAUUUUUGAUUGGUGUUAUCUGGAUCACCACAUAUAAAAAUCUAAAAAUAUAGGAAUAUACAUAUAUAUAUAUAUAUAUUUAUUAGAAA